AUGACAUCGAAUAACUCUUCAUCCUCGAAUGGUGGGGAUAGCACUUCUACUACUUCAGAAACCACAACGACAGAGAGAAUGAAUUCUCCACAACAAAUGUCAUUAACUGUCAACAAUAAUCAGCCGCAAGCCAGUGUUUCAACACAGUGUGAAAUCGAAUUGGCAGAUAUAAAGGAUAACCAGAUUUCUCCUAACUCUGCUGAAGAACAUAUUAAAUCCUCUGAAACUAGAACACCAAGUGAUUGUGAUGACGUCUUAUCCACUACUGCUGAAGUUAACUUUGAUUGUCAGUCACCAAUGAAAAAGCCAACAUCAAAGUGUGAUUUUGAAAUUCCAACUUCACCACAAUCGUUGAAUCCAGCUGGAUCCAGCACCACUAACCUAAUUUCUGAUGAUAAGCUUGUGAAAAAGUUACCAAACAAUAGCAAGUCAGUCACAAUGAUAACACAAGAAGAACAAGCAUUCGAUACCAAAACUGUAAAUAGUUACCAAAGCAAAGCAACCUCUAAGACAUCAAAGACAUCAGGCGGGUUUUCAGUUGCCACUUGUUGUGGUACUGUGGAGCUAAACUGUAUUCGUGUCUUGUCAAUUCUAGGUAUGAUGAUCAACAUUAUUGCCUUUGUUGCCAUGGCAGUUGUGAUUUCAGUUGCCUUCUCCGUCUCCACUACUAACGAAACUGAAUUGUUGAUACUCAGAGCUGAUGCUAACUUGAUGAGUGAAGUAGCUGCUUCUUCACUAAAGAUUGCCGUGUAUUCUAAUCAAACCGAACCCUAUAUUUCCAGAUGGAAAACAACUAAAGAUAAGGCCGUUGCAGCUAUUGCUUCGAUCGUUGAUGCCCUCCCACCCGAUGUUUUCCUCAGACUUCUCAAUGGUUCUACAUACUUCAACUCUAGCGCAAUUCCAGUCAAUCCCUAUGAACAACAAGUGGUAAACCUGUUAAAAUCAGGCAAGCAGAAGGAAGCCAUCACUCUCAUUGAAAGUAAGAAUUAUACUUCCUACUCUCUUGGAUGGAAGAAUGUGGUUUCUAACUUGUUGACCUAUGCAAAGGAAUUGGCAAGAAACAAGAAUGAUUACUUGUUGACCUCUUCAAGUGUCAACAUGGGUCUCAUUGGUUUUUCAAUUCUGCUGGUUGUUCCAAUUGUGUUGGCCAUCUUUAUUAUGGCCAUCAAUAGAGAAGGUGUUUCUCAAAAACGUCUCAAAAAGGCAAAUGCUGUCAUGUUACUCGACACACUGCAGGAUCAUGCACUCAAAGCACUCUUUAGAAAGCAUUGUGAAACUGAAAGAUGUUUGGAAUCAUUUGAAUUUUUGGAAAAGAUUCAUUACUAUAAGGAAUUCUGUAAUGACUCAUUCGAUAUUCAAGUCAAACUUUAUGACAGUAGUCACCCAACACAAACAGAAAAGAAGUCCCUCGAAUCCGAUCUCAAGGAAGUUGAACAAAAGAAGUAUGAGGUUGCCUUUGAAAUUUUCACAGAAUUUAUUGAUGAACAUGGAGAAAAGGCACUUGUUGUCACAAGCCAUUUGUGUGAAGAUGUCAAGAUGAAAUUGGAUCAUUUCAAUACAGGACAAUCAGACCAUUUGAGUGACGAACUAUUCGACAAACUUCAAACUGAAGUUGCCAUCCACUUGUUGGAUUGCCAUGCCAGAUUCAAGCAAAGUAUUGCAUUCCAAAAGAAGAUGAAAAUUCAAGAUAUUCGUUCCAAAACCAAGAUUACAGGUAAAUGAAUAAGUUGAUUUUUAUCAAAACCUUCCUUGGUAUUGUAUCAUGAAUAAACCAAAUUACCGAAAUUACUUUUUGGUUUUAUUCUU